UUUUUUUUUUUUUUUUUUUGACGUAAUAAAUAAUUUUCUUGUCUCAGUCUCUCGCUCCAGUUUUUGACUUGCUAUACGCAAAGGGGGAGUCGGGAGUUGGUGAUUGGAGACUUUCAUCAUGAUCAAACGGACACCAAGUAGAAACUCUAGAUCUAGAGGCUUCAGGGUAAAACAUGUUCUGCAGAUUUGUUUAUUGCUUGGUGUCUGCUUUUGGUUAAUCUACCAAGUCAAGCAUUCCCAUGAUAAGAAGAAAGAGUUUGACGAGAAAGACACAAAAAUAUCUGUCAGAGCUCAAAGUAGUGAUGGGAUUUCAAACUUGGGAAGAAAAAGUCUUCAUCCUCGUGUGCAGGAGGUAACUAAGGAUGAGAAGCAUGAGGAAGAUGAUGAUGAAGACACAACAGUAGAUGAGGAAGUAAAUAAAAUCGAAGAAAUUAAGCAUGAACAAAAACAGGUGGAAGAUGAAACAAAGCAUGAAGAAGAUGAAAGGGAAGAGGAAGAAGGUAAGCAUGAUGAUGAAGGGAAAGCAGAAGAAGAAGAAGAAGAAGAAGAAGGAACUAAGCGUGAUGAAGAGAAAGAAGAAGAGGAAAACAAACAUGCAGAUGAAGAGCUAGAAGAAGAGAUCAAGGUUGAUGAGAUAGAAGAUGAAGGGAGAGGUGGAGGUGGAGAUGAUGAGAUCGACGAACGUGAUCAAGAGAAAAUAGGAGAAGGUGAUCCAGAGGAGGAUAUUGUGGAUGAAGAGAAAGAGAAAUUGGAAGAACAUGAGGAAAAUGGAAGUGGAAAUGAUGAUGGCGAAGCUAAAGGUGCUAAGGUGGACCAUGAAACUUCAACGGAAGAUCAGGAACAUGAUGGGGGUGUUAAGAAUGAUCAUGAGGCUCGAGAAGUACAUUAUAAGGCAGAUGAUGCUUCCAGUGCAGUGACCCAUGAUACCGAAACUAUAAGCACUGAAUCUGAGAAGGUAAGUUUGGAGAAGUCAGUGGCAAGCGAUUUAGAACCGGAGAAGACUUCCAACAACUACAAAUCUGAGGAGAUCAAUGGGGAUCAAAAGGACUCGACAUCACUGCUUGGAGAAGGUGUAAAGUCUGACACUGGCUCACCAUUGAAUGUGACAGUUGUUGACAAGGAUGGUGAGGAUAAAUCACAUGAAAAUUUAACUUCUGUUUCUGUAUCCAAUGAUCAACCAGUAGAAACCAACAAACUGGAUGUAAAUACAGAAGCUGGCAAUAGCCCUCCAGAUGGGAACUCUAAGGUGUCUGAUUCAUCCCAACAGGAUCAAACAGUAGUUAAAUCUGAUUUUGAUCAAGCUCAAAAUGGUGGUGCUAGUGUUGGGGAAGCAUCUAACCCAAAAACCACUGAAUUGGAACAGGUUAAUAACAACGUGGUUUCUAGCAUCAGAAAACCUGAUAGCCCUGAUAAUAAUGGAGACUCAAAUUCCUCUACUAAUUCAAAACCAGACAAAACAAAUGAGAUUGUUAAACCUGUAGUUAGUGGAGACUCAAAUUCCUCUGCUAACUCAAAGCCUGAAAACUCAGAUGAAGUUAUUAAAACUGAAGUUACAGCUGAAGCAGAGGUCAAUUCUGGAUCAUCUUCAACAGUGAAGGAGACUGCAGAUGCUACUCAAGAUGAGAACUCAGACACCAAGAAUGAAUCAAGUGGAACAGAUGAAAAUUCAAACUCGUCAACAGACGGAACUGAAGCUCUUAUUCAGGACCCCAUUGAUUCUUCUGAUACUUCAGUCAGCCAAGAUGAGAAAGAGGCUCGCAUAGAUCUGGAUACAUUGCCAGGGAAUAGUGUAGAAGGGGUUAACAGCCGAGACGCUGCAGCAGAAUGAGAAUUUUAAUGAAAUGCUCUUUGUGCUUCUGAGUGAUCUAAAAAGUUUUAGUUACUUGUUCACUCUGUUUUCAUACAAAAAUUUGACGAGUUUUGAGAUGUUUCUAGUCUUUUUGAAAUAUGGUCAUGUCUAGAAAUACAGUUUUAGCAUUGCAGGUAAAAUGUAGGCAGUUUAAUGUUAUUAACGGUUGUACCUGUGUAAUUUAUGGCAAAUUGACAACUUGAGUUGAUAUGAUAUCCCUUUUUCCUUGGAACUUUUAAA